AUGGAGAAACUCGAGCAGCAGAGCACCGUCAAGAAGGCGAGGUUGGAGUUACCAAUGGAUGAAGUGAAGCAAAAUGGGCCGGAAUGCGAUGCCGGGCACUUGGCUUGCAGCAACUGCCAUGGCCGGCUCCCAAAGGACAAGUGCUACGCGUGCGGUCAUGACGGCGCCUACCGCCGCAACACCACUCUGGAAGACGUCGUCGGCUGGCACAGGGUCCUCUGCCCCAACGGCGCGUACGGCUGCCAGGCCUACGUCCCCUACCACGAGUGCGGCGACCACCAGCGCGAGUGCCCCUGCGCGCCGUGCGGCUGCUCGGAGCCGGGCUGCUCCUUCGUCGGCUCGCCGCUGAUGCUCCGCGACCACAUCAGGGACGCGCAUGGGUGGCCCGUGGACAAGAUCCACUACGGCAAUCCCCAGGACCUCUGCCUGCCGGAGUCGCAGCGGCGCCGCCUGCUCGUCGCCGAGGAGGACGGGCGCGUGUUCCUCGUGGUCGCCGUGGGCGCGCCCGGCUAG